UCUUGUUCUAAAAGCAAAAUUAAUUUCGCCGCCGAAUUCCAAUCCACCUCCGGCAAACUUCGUAAUGGUGAGAACCAGAAUGAUUUCAAAAAGUUGCCCUAGUUGUGAACAGCAAGUGGCCAUUGCCUCCAAACGGUGCUCGUGCGGAUAUUCGUUUAAUGGUCGCCAAGCAAACAGUGCAUACGUUCCACCUGCCAAUGUAGGCCGACCGAAAGGAAGUAAAAAGGGUAAACCUACAGCGGCCGAAACACGGAAAGCAGCAGCAGUGGUCUCUGCCGCACAGGUUCAACGACGGAGGACCGGCAGAGUGCGGCGUGAGAAACCCAAUUAUUACGACUCCCUGCAGUAUGAAAAGAAAAAGAAAAAAACUAAGAAACCUACCAGGUCAGCACUAUUCAAAGGGAAGGAGGGAAAACAAACGCAACUGAUUAGCACCAAAGAAACGCAAGUUUCUCGGGCCAAUCGGCAUGCACAGCGAAGGGCUAAGAAAGAGGAAAUCGACGGCGGGGGAGAUUUAGCUGCUAAGAUGCCGAUGGAUAAGCAGGAAAUCGCAGCACUGAUUCUAUCGGAGAUAAAUCGGAAAAUGGGUUCAGUCGUGUGGAAACAACCAUGAUGUAAUAAACAAUAGUUAGUAGCUAGGUUAUUGUACUAAAUGUAGGAGUAUGUUUGUCCUGCAAUAAUUUAUUGACUGUGUGAGGAUAAAAAUUUGAACUCUUUUAAGUUUACAUAAUUGGUCGCGAGUGGAAUGCAUGAAAUUCGUUUAUUUAACGGCAAAACUCCGAAAG